UAUCGGCAUGAUCAUACCUGCAAAAAUCUCUGUCAAUUUGGCUCUGAGCUGUCAUCUGGAUCUGUGACUCAGUUUGGUGGAAUUACGCAUGUUAACAAUAACCACUGGGUUGCAUUCCUCAUCUCCCCCACGGAAUCAACCAUUUACCUUGCAGAUUCCUUACAUGCACCAACCAGAGAUGACAAGACAUCAGUUCCAGCCACUGAAGCGAUUUGUGCCCUUCAGUGGUGGCUUGAUGCAUCAUACUUGGAAUUGAACAAAUCAGUGUCUCCAUUCCGGAUCGCAUGGCUGCCUAUUGCUUACCAAAAUGACCUCUCUUCAUGCGGCUUCUUUGCCCUCAAUGCACUGAUGCAUUGUCUCAACCCGACUAAAUACUCACUCUGUGACUGCAUCGAUACUGCAAUGUUGCGCAUUAGAUUGCUGACAUCAAUCCUUAACCACCAUGCUACACAUGUAAGUGAACACACAUAG